UGCAUGGGAUUGUAGUCAAUUCUAUCCCAUUCCGUUCGUUUCAUUCURCUUUUCAUCAAACCUCAACGCGCCGCAACAUACCACACCAUAUCACCCAUGACAACAAUAGGCAGAAGUUUGCGCAGGUGUCUACGGCGUACACGGACAUCCUCAUUCCACCAAACUGCCGUCGCCAUUGGUCCAUCGCCAACAACAAGAAUUGCUUCGUCGACAUUGCAUUCCACUUUUCCUUCUGGGAUUAAAGCGAUAAGAGAGUUCGGGAGUCUUACUGGCAAUGCCGCUGCUGAUGGGACGCGGAUGUUUUUCGAAUGGCUGGAAAAGAGCUACGGCGCGAGAUUCGAAGGCAACCCCCUUCCUAUGGACGAGCCUUGCGACGGUUCAAACACCAACAACAAUAUUGUGGUGACGAGAGAUUCCCUCGAACUCGACGAUCUCGAGCGUCUCUUUCGCCACGAAAUUUUGGCACUCCGGGUCCGCGGCUUUUAUCCGGCCGAGGCCGCCUCGGACCUAGGAAGGGAACUUGCUUUCGAGGGAAAGACCAAGAGCGCACAGAACUGGAAGGUCUCCACCAGUCGUGGGCUUGAGUCUUCCGACGUGGCCACGGUAGGACGUCAUCCGCCCUACAACAUUGCAGUUUCCAACAAUUCCCUUGAUCAAUACUUUCGAGAAGUGCGUAACGAGCUCCGGGACCGCAGGGGGCUCUUGCUUCGAUCGAACGCCGGAGCUGCGGCCACGGCAAGUGCCGAGGGAAACGGAGCAAGUGUAUAUGCAAACCCCUCCGACAAAGAACACCAACACACACAAAACCGGUCGUCGUCGCAGCCACGAUUGUGGCCACUCGAUUUGUUGCGCCUCGAGCUCGACGAGCUGUGGCCCAGAGGUGCCGGACUGGCACGUGCCAGCGACACGUCGUCGGCGGGUGAUGAGUCCAGUAGUAGCCGCGAUGCCAAUCGAUGCAUGGGCGGUGGAUUGCCACGAUUGAUGGUCGGACCGACCCGAUGGAAAAGGGGCCUGGUACACGUCGAUGAAUUGGCCCCCUUGGACGACCAAAAAGGUUGCUUCAGUGCCAAUGUCUACCUGCAACUGCCCUACGGCAGCAACAGCAGAAACGGCGGCAACGGAAGGACAACAACAACAAUAAACACAAACCAAGAUGACAAAAAAGAUUCUGACUCAUUCAAGAAGGAGGAACAGSCCGUGAUGGAAAUAUGGCCGCUGGGAAUCCGUUCGAAAUGGGAUUGGUACCGAGUAUGUCAAUURCUGUAUUGAAAAUGAUUUGCUGUGUAUGCUGUUUUGUGUUUGUUUCUUUCAUGCAUUCUACAUAUUGUAAAGCAUAUACUUUUACCAUAUGCGGGUCGGAUCAUUGUUUGUCAUCUAUCGUGAUGCAUGUCCGGAUGAGAACUCACCCACUGCUUUUMAUUCUUGCCUUCGGUGCCAUCGAUGUCUUCCUGUUCGUUCUGUUUUGCCACAUGUUUUGCCAGAAUGCACCAACCCUAUCGCACCUGACCUCGCAGGAUCCAGAGGGGCAGGUGGUCCUGCGCAAGGUUCUGGGAACCRAGCACAAGCAACAAAUUUCUGUUUCUCCCGGAGAUCUGGUGUUGCUCUGUGUUCAGCGACCCCAUUGCGCCAUUGGCUUUGGGCACGAAGGUGCCGGAUCCGAAACCUCUGCUGCCACCGGGAAAUUGCAAACGAGGGUCUCACUGCAGUGUUUUUUGCAGUACAAUGGCCGCGACAAGCGCUUAACGAUCGAUAGCUGAGAAGGAAUUACUUUUCUCUUCAAUUUAUUCGAUUUGGUUUGAUUCGGUCGUCGUAUAUGAGCGAUGGCUUCUUGGAGUUUGACCUUUUCUACAGUACACAAAAUACUACUUUAUAGGUUUAAAAAACUGCAGGAUCGAAUUGAACACGACAGAACGUUAAGACAUGCAAUCGUUUUAUCUACCUCUUCUGGAAGAUCUAAACGAAAGUGUUCUUCCUGUCUUCAAUCUUCCUCCUUUAACAGGAACUGCAAGGARGAAGCAUUGGAUCCUCGCUCAGAAGAAGCUCCAUAAACAUUGAUCCGUUCAYAAUGGUCAAAUUUGAAAGAGACGCUUAGCGAAGGCUGUAAGUACCAAGAUUUGCAAGAAAAAUGUAGUAGACCUGUUCUUUUGAGAUUUGUGUAGGAACUAGAGUUCAGAAAAGAAUUACGCAGACAAUUCCACUGAGUGCAGUAUGGCGAGUAUACCCCUACUAUAUUCAAUGAGUGGUACUUGAGGCUGUAAUUUUCUCAAACAAGUCUCCUCGGUUGGUCUAGUCACUGAGCGGAAAACAUAUCGCAU